UUUUUCUGCGAGGUGGCUCUGCCGGACGUUCGCGUGUCAAAAUUCGCCAUUGAUGUGUCUGCGGUGAUUCACGCAAAAAAUUGGUGUCUCUUGGUAUUUUGACUCGGUAAAAAGUGCAUUUUAACCCCCGCAAGUGGCUUAGAAGUUAUCCAGAAUCAAUUGGGACAGUGCAUUGUUAAUCCCCAUCACCUCAAAUACCCUUUUCAAGUGCAUUUACAAUCAAAACUUUCACGCUAGAUUGCUACAAUGACAACAUCCGGCGACUUUGGGAAUCCGCUGAGGAAGUUCAAAUUGGUCUUCCUGGGCGAGCAGAGCGUUGGAAAAACGUCUCUAAUUACACGAUUCAUGUACGACAGUUUCGAUAACACGUAUCAGGCAACAAUUGGAAUUGACUUUCUGUCCAAGACAAUGUACUUAGAGGAUCGAACUGUGAGACUUCAGCUUUGGGAUACUGCUGGACAGGAAAGAUUUAGAUCUCUAAUCCCAUCAUACAUUCGAGACUCAACAGUCGCUGUCGUCGUUUAUGAUAUUACAAAUGCAAACUCCUUUCACCAGACUUCAAAAUGGAUUGAUGACGUGCGAACGGAGCGUGGUAGUGACGUCAUAAUCAUGUUGGUAGGUAACAAGACGGAUUUGUCGGAUAAGAGGCAAGUGUCCACGGAGGAAGGUGAUCGCAAGGCGAAGGAACUCAACGUGAUGUUCAUCGAAACGAGCGCCAAAGCGGGCUACAAUGUCAAGCAGCUCUUCCGGCGAGUAGCUGCUGCUCUGCCCGGAAUGGACUCCACCGAGAACAGACCACCAGAAGACAGUAUCCUUUUAGCCCAAAAAAAAGGCAAAACACAAUUUUUUUUCUCUUUUCAGGGAUCUUUCGUGCUUUUUUCCUAAGUUUUUUGAAUAUUUUAUUUUAUUUUUCUUUUGAGUUGCAAUAUUUUCCUUAACUUUAUUCUUUUUAACCUUUUCUUUUGUUACAACAUCGAAAACAAAAACAGUGCAAGAAGUCGUUCUCAAGGAUUCACCAAAUGAACAAAAAGAUCCAGAGGGUGGCUGCGCCUGUUGAGUGCCUUUCUUUUCUAUAUAUAUAUUAUAUAUUUUUUAUAUUUGUUGUAAAUCAAAAGAAAAUUACGGAAACGAUUUACCACGAAGGAGAAAUAUUUUAUUAUUAAAAAAAAGUCUAUUUACUUACUAAGCGAACGCGAAAUAAGAUAAUUUCUUCAUUGUUUAGAAAAAAAAAUCCUGUAUUUUUAAUUUAUAUUGAAAAUUCAGCACAAAAAAAAACGGUAACACUAAACAGCUAAUUAAAUUAUUUAUAAUUUAAAACAAAAUGUAUUAUAAAUAUUUUCUUAAUUUAAGUUCACUUCCAAAUUUUACACAUUUCCUCACCCUUUUUUUAAAUUAAGUUAAUCUUGCAAUAAUUUAAGAUAAAAAAUAAUGUAGCUCCAGUUCUUUUUUUUAUUUUCCAGUGAGCAUUUUUUUCAAUGAUUUUUUUUUUUUGGAAGUAAAUUGUUUAAGUUUGCACGGUGAAUAUGUUAUUUAUAUUUUUUAAUGUCCCCUUAAGACUUUUCUUUGAAGCAAACUGAAAUUAUUUAUUAAGUACAGACUGUUCCGCAAAUUCUGCUAAAUGUGAAAAAGAAACCUUUUUUUUUUAAAUUGAAUUAAAAUUUUUCGUUAAAU